UCUGAAAGUUUAAUUGCUCGUGACAGCUCCAGACAAAAGAGGCCAGAAACGCAGUACGCAUACCACAUUUUGCCACAAAAUGGCGCUUACUACGUUAUUUGAGUGGUUUGGCUAUGUAUUGUGUUUUCUGACUAUCCUCCCGUCAGCGCAAUGUCGCAACUGUACUAAGGAUGACUUCAAGCCUUACAUAACGCCCUGUGACAUAAACACACAAACUCGUUCAAUCGUCUAUUACCUCAAUACAAAUUGCAAAGGAGGUGUAGCUCCUCUGGCUCCACAUGCAAAUAUACCCUGUGAUUGCCCUAAAGGAAGAGGACUUUCUGGAAGCCUCAGCUCUACUAACUGUACACCAUGUGAAGUUGGAUCCUAUGGGCCAGGGGGAGAAAUCAUCAACAACUGGAAAAACUGGACUAAGAAUGGUACUGUGCCCCCAGAAGGAUCAGGCAUUGUUACAUUCUGUGAAGCUGAACGUCAAUAUGUUCAGCCUUGUCGCCCAUGGAAAGUAAGCGCUGAUGAAUAUACCAUUAACUCAGGGGAUAAUUCAUUAACACGAUGUAUGUCAUCUGUCUUGCUUAUGACAAAGAAGUUUGUUAUGAGUGUCAGUCAAGUUAGUUUUGAGUAUCGUGUAGACAGUCGAAACUGCAGGGGGCCUGGCUACUUAGGGUGCGACGGUUUGGCAUUUUUUGUGGAUAACAAGGAACUGCUGACAUACAGUGGAAACAAAUUCAAUUGGGUCAACGUUACAUACAAUUUGACAAAGGGAACUCAUACACUUAAAUGGGUCUAUCGCAAAAGGUGCUUUAGUUUUGGAACAUAUUCCUACAUAGACAAGGCCUUCAUCCGAUCCAUAAUGUUGGUUGGCAAUGAAGAACCAGAUGUGAGAUGUAAGAAAUGUCCACCAGGUUUUUUCAGUACUAAAAAAAAUUCUGCAAGUUGUACGUCAUGCUCAUAUUUCCAGUAUCAAGAUAAGGAAGGCCAGAGCAGGUGUAAGACUUGUCCAGAAAACACAUAUGCUAUGCCAGGUGCAUCACGAUGUAUUCCUCUACUAAACUGCACUUCUGAUGAUAUCAUUGCUGCUCCAGGAGAUGUGAAUUCAUGCUCAUGUGAAACAUCACCAAAUGGUUUUGAGUGUAAAACAACAGUGCAGCCUGAAUAUAUCAAAGUUCAUGUUGCAAAUGUCAGCGAUCCCAGGCGUCUUUGCGAUCCAGCAGGGAAUCCCAGUCUUAAACCAAUUCCGCAUUAUCAAUGUAAAUGCGAGGGUGGGUUUGAGAUCGUGAAUGGAACCGGAGGAAAGCUGCAGUGCAAACCGUGUGAAACUGGGUUCAAGUCACGUGGAGUCAAAUGCGAGACCUGUGAGGCCGGUCAUGUGGCGUUGCCAGGGAAACAUUAUAGUGUCUGGAGAAACAACACACUACCUGAGGGGUUCACCGCUAAUUGUGUCGGGGAUUGCGCUGUGAAGCGUGGCUGGAUACCUUCUGGUCAUGUAAUCCGAACAGCACGUGUUGUUGGAAAUGUGCGUACUUAUCUGCAGUCAUCAGAAUUUACAUUGGACUCCGAGUUAGCGAAAAUCGCUUUUAACUGCUCCAUCACCUGUAAUGUGACUGGUGUUUCACAAAAAUCUAUGCCAGGGGAACAUCUCGCUAACAUCCAAGACUGUAACUUAGUAUUUCAAGUUUGGAGUAACAACACGAUUGUGGACGAACUAAACUGCACGCGUCCUAAGGGAAGAUAUUUCUACAGGCAUGAAAAUAAACGUGACGGCAGAGUUAUUAGACAUGUUUACCCGCUCAAGAAAGGACGCUUUUCCUUCAGAUGGGUUUUCAUCCAACAAGACGAGACACGAAUGCUUUCCACUGCUUUUGAAGGAAAGCUCUACAAUAUUAGUGUACUUGGGGUGCAGAACGGAACAGCCAAGAACUGCACAGCAUGCCCAGCGGGGUACCAUAGUAACCCAGGCAACACUGAUUGCACAAUAUGUCCAAACGGAACCAGCAGUCCACUUGGAGCAAAAAGUUGUAUAUCCUGCAAAGAAGGAACCUUUGCUGCUGCGAAGGGAAGUUCGCAGUGUCUUCCGUGCGGUCAAAACACGAAAUCGCUUCCAGGUAAAGAUGGCUGUGACACGAACAACUGUAUGUUCAAGCCUGCGGAUGAUGUCGUGUAUGACCUCAGUAAACUCUCCCGCCCUGGAGGGCCGAUGAUUGAAGCACUGUUCUAUCGCCCAAGUUUACCUUGGAGACCACGACGUUUGAGCAUUUGGCCUUACCCCAGAGCUAUUUACUUCAAUCUCUGUACCCUUGAUCAUGACAACUCUUCGUGUGUUUACCGUAAUCGGGUAACCAGAGUGCACACUCCCCGGCCUGUGAUGUCGUGCAGGUCGUCGUGGUUUACAUAUGACACAGAUUUAGGCUCCGUGAUUGGCUACCGAAAAAAAUCCGACGUCAAAUCGGGUUUGUUCGUGGACCUGCUGAACGGGGACGAAUGUUACCAGAGAUACGGAAACACGCGCUAUCAGACCACCCUCGACCUCAGGUGUGACGUAAGAGCGGGUGUCGGUAACCCAGCCCCCGAAAACAAUUACACGAGCCCGAUGCGCGGUGGCUGUAAAUUCUACUUCGUGUGGAAGUCGUUGUACGCAUGCCCAAAAUGCCGUGACAGUGAUGUGAAUAGAAUUAUCGGCGAAUGCAUCAACGGAAUGCGUAAUGUGACCUACGUACGCAAAGUGCCUUGCUGGAGGCCUGGGAAUGAUUCGGGGCUUCCAACGACUAAUGCAACAGAAAAAUGCGAGACACCGACGUCGACUGUUAUAGUAACUGUCAAAGUGAAGGAAAAUGGUACAGUGGCGUAUCAAGUACUAAAAGAAAACAAAGCCAAUAUAGCUUUGAUUGGUGUAGGAGUCGUCAUUAUCGUUAUCCUGGUGGGUGUGGCAGCAUUCUUUGUGUACAAGCAUCGAGCGUUGAAGUAUCGUUAUUACGGCAUGUUGGCGAGAAACAAACCCAUGAGCCGCCUUGAGGAAGAAGACGAAAGUAAUUUUAUCCACGACGAUGAGCUAGCACAACCCUUCGAUGAGAUGUCACCAAGUGUGAAGACCUAGACAACUUCGUAUAUUCAUCCCUUUAGCCCACUCCAUGACUGAAAGUUUACAUUUUUUUGAAUGCAGUGUUAUUUUGAUGCUGAGUCACUUAGACUGGUUUUUCCCUCUUAAUUAGUGUGCUCAAGAAACCAUAUAAUUUUCACCUCUGCCUUUAAAAUCUCCACCUGGCUACGGGCAAAACUACUCUGGUUAUCGCAACAAACCAUUUUUUGAUUCAAGCAGGUCUUUUUCUGAAACUUCUUAUUGUUAAAACAUAUCGCCAAGAGAUGGAUCAAAGGGAAAAGAGGCUUAAUUACGUCAUGGAUGAGCGGCCAAGCUGUUAAGCACGAUUCAAAAUGGCGACGGUCAGUCGUGUAAUUUCAUCUCAAGUUUUUAAUGGCGGAUAUGAAAAUUAUAUCGUAUCUGAAGUAUGUUCCUUCAUUAAUGAAAAAGACAAGCUCAAGAUUUAUAUGGGUGGGUAGUGGUCGAGGGACAAAAGUUUCAAUAACUAUUCUCAUAAGCGGCUGCCAAUGAAAUAAUGUUAAAGGUGGGUUUGCCCGAAAAGGAGCCGUAAGGGGGAUCCUGAGGAUAAGGAGACG